CCGCGUCCCCGCCGGCCCUGCCGACGUGGCGGGGCGCGCGCACUCGAGCGGCCGAGCGAUAUUAAAAUGUCUGCUGGUGCCAGUGACACCAUAGCCAACGGAGUCAGAGAAGACGCUGCCGAGGCGCCCAAUAGUGACUUCCCAGCUGAAGACGCAGAAGAGCAGUGCGGUCCAGAUGCAACUGCAAAUGAGCCAGUGCCAGCUGCCCACCCAGGAGAGCAACGUGAGGGCGCAGCUGCAUGCACAGAGACUUCCUCGACAGGGCUCCCUCAGCAGUCCAAGGCCAGUGCCGCCGACAAGGACCGCCUCGAUGGAGAAGUGACUGAGGACACCCUCGUGGAGUGCACGGAUUCCGUCAGCCUCGAGGGAGACACUGGAUCUGAAAUACCUCUGAAAGAACAGAACGACGAGGCUGUGUGUUCCCCACCACAGGCAGGAGGAUGGGCAGGCUGGGGAUCCUGGGGGAAAUCUCUGCUUUCGUCUGCAUCAGCCACAGUAGGUCAUGGAUUAACAGCAGUCAAAGAAAAGGCAGGGGCCACCCUGCGAAUCCACAGCGUCAAUUCCGGAUCUCCUGAAGGGGCCCCACCUGACGCUGAAAACGGAAUCUCUGAAAAUGUGACUCCAGAUCAGGACUUUGCCGGAGGCCCCCACCCUUCUCCUCCACCAGGGGCCGCAGGGUCAAGGGGAAUGCUGUCAGCCCUCACCAAUGUGGUUCAAAACACGGGCAAAAGCGUCCUCACCGGAGGUCUGGAUGCUUUAGAAUUCAUUGGCAAGAAAACCAUGAACGUCCUCGCGGAAAGCGACCCAGGGUUUAAGCGGACCAAGACGCUAAUGCAGAGAACCGUCUCCUUGUCUCAGAUGUUGAGAGAGGCCAAGGAGAAGGAGAAGCAGAGGCUGGCGCAGCAGCUCACGGUGGAGAGAACUGCACACUAUGGGAUGCUGUUUGAUGACUAUCAAGGUUUGUCACACCUGGAGGCUCUGGAAAUUCUGUCCAAUGAGAGUGAGAGCAAGGUUCAGUCAUUUUUAGCAUCACUGGAUGGAGAGAAGCUGGAACUCUUGAAAAAUGACCUAAUUUCUAUCAAAGACGUCUUUGUAGCCAAGGAGUCAGAGAGUGAAGCAGAUCCAGAAGAACCAGGCCUGGAAGAAAAGGGCGAAGAAUUUGCUAGCAUGCUUACAGAGCUCCUGUUUGAAUUACACGUGGCUGCCACACCUGACAAACUCAAUAAGGCCAUGAAGAAAGCUCAUGACUGGGUGGAAGAAGACCAAAGCAUGCUGCCCAUAGAUGUGGCCAAAGGCUCAGCAGAGGAAGAGAGCAAGGAAGAAAAGGAAGGGAAGGCUGAAGAGCCCGAGGACGACAAAAUGGGGGGGAAAGGAACUAAGACUGUCGAGGAAGUGUACCGGAUAUCCAUUGAGAGUCUGGCUGAAGUAACUGCUCGCUGCAUCGAGCAGCUUCAUAAAGUUGCAGAGUUAAUUCUUCAUGGACAAGAAGAGGAAAAACCAGCUCAAGACCAAGCAAGAGUUCUGAUAAAAUUAACCACAGCGAUGUGCAAUGAAGUAGCCUCCUUAGCAAAGAAGUUUACAAGUUCUUUAACCACUAUUGGGAGCAACAAGAAGGCCGAAGUCCUUAACCCCAUGAUCAAUAGCGUGCUUUUAGAGGGCUGCAAUAGCACCACGUAUGUCCAGGACGCCCUCCAGCUGCUGCUCCCGGUACUGCAGGUCUCUCACAUCCACACCAGCUGUGUGAAAGCCGCGACCCAGCCAGAUUCCAGCUAGUCCAACGGCAGGCCACACCUCUUCGCUACAUACCAUGUAAAGGCAAUAGUCUUCGACGUCGCUGGCCAGACCACCUAUCUGAGGACACUAAAAGCAACUUUGCACAGUUUUUCAAAUACAGAGCGUUAACAUGUCUCUUAAUGUAUAUUGUUUUAUCCGUAAUUAUGUUUUCUUUAUGUUAACUUAAGCUUAUACUGAGUAUGUUGAAAUCUUCCCUCAAGUUACAGUUCAUUCACAAAUACAUGGGUUUUCUUGAUCAAACUGCUAUAUUUAGAAAUUCAUAGGGAGACCUCAGAGUUUUGAUCAUCUUUGAAAUGUCUGCCUUUCAGUACCCUAUUUUUCUAAAACAUGGCUUUAAGUAAGUUCUUGUGUUGAACUUCAUUUUGUUGCAUAUGUGUCACAGGUGAGAAUAACACUACUUAUUUUGUUUUUAAAAAUGACAUAAAUAUAGUUUGUAGUCAUCCUUCUGUGACGAGAUUUAUUGAGUACCUGCUAUAUGUUUGCCAAAAAGUUAUAUGAUCUCACUCCAAUAUAGACAUGUUCUGAAAGAUGAUUCAUAAUCAUGUUUAACAUAUUUUAGGAUACCAAGAUGUUUUCUAAGCCUUAAAACACUUGAAGAACCGAGUAAAGUGGUUACUUAAAAUAUACUACUCUUCAAUUUAUUACAGUUUUUCAACCUCUUUGAACUUUUUUUAUAUCAAAUUACCUCUAGGAUAAAAAUAUGUAUGAAAAGGGCUAUGAGAGAAUAUUUAUUUUGAGACAGGGUUUUACUAUGUGGCCUUGGAACUCACUAUGUAGGCCUGGCUGGCCUCGAACUCAUAAAGAUUUGCCUGCCUCUCCCUUCCAGGCUGAGAUUCAAGGUAUGCAGAGCCAUGCUUGCCUGACCUGAUGGAGCAUUGUAGUUUAAGGUGUAUGAUGGCAAAAAGAAAUAGCUUGGGAACAUUUCAAUAGAAAAUUAAAGAGGUUUAGCAAACUAGAACCCCCGACCUGCAUUUCAAAAGUGCCUGCUAAGCCAGUCACCACCGUGGUGGUGGCACAGGGUAGAAAAUAAUGACGUGAGUAGGCCAAGUGGUAUCUUGUUUCAGGGUGAUGCUUUGACGACUUUGAAGCCAGCAGUUCCAUUGGCACUGGACUCUUCUGAGCUACACCUGCUCUUGGCAGGUUGGGAUUCUGUGGCAUGUUUCUAUUCCAGAACCUCACUGACAUCCCUACCAGCAGAGUCCUAAAUAGUCAUGCCCAUGCUAUCCCGGAGCAAAGGGUGUGUGGAGUCUUGAAAGAGAGAAAUCCCUCCUUUGUGUUUGCUUUGUUCCUUGAUAGAAUCAACUGCCUCUGCUCCCUACGGGCCAAGUAGAUGUUUGAGUAUUCUCAGUAGCAUUUUUGUGCAUCUGGGUUUUAGUUUUCAGCUCUGCAUCUUCUGAAACAACCAAAUAAAAACAUAUGGACAAUUUAUUUGCAACCUAGAAAAAUAAACUUCUCUUUUGAAAAAUCA